GGAGCUGAUCUCAACCCAAUAUUUAAAAUAGGGAUCUUUUUUAUAAUUGGCUUACUUCUUACCUGCAUCCAGCCGUUGCCAAGAGUUUCCUGGUUCAAGCAGUUCAAAACGAUGUUUGCCUUUUCCUUCUUUGUCAGUAUUCCUUGGAACUGGUUCUACCUGUACAAGAAGGCCUAUGCAAAGCACCAAUACAAGUUCAUGAAGUUGGAAAAAAUAUUUCCACAUUGCAUGGGACUAAAGGAAAGCAGCUUGAUGGAUAGUCUUAAAGACUGGUACAGAAACACUUUUACUUUCCAAGAUGACCCUUGUGAGGAAUACCAAAAGCUCCUAUCAAUCGACCCCAUCUUCGAGGUUUCUCCACUCAAGGUAGUUGUAUAUACCUUGGAAGCCUUCUUCACUGAGCCACUGAGGGCCUUUGGAGAUGGAAUAGGUGUUUUUUAUCGAGCACUACUCAAAGAUCUACCAUUCAUCCUCUGGAUACCAGUCCUCAUCAUUGUCACAUUGGGAAUUGUGGCAGUUUUUUUUGGAGGAGUGCAAGCAGUUUUCCGUUGCUUUGUCAGAGGUUUCCUACCCUGGAGGGGAGGUGAUUUGCCUGUAAAUGCACAAGCAGCUAUCCAACUCCAAGAUGACAAUGUCAGCUUAGAACAGAAUGUCAUUCAUCAAAGACAACCCAACAGAACCAGGGAAGAGUAGAGAAUCUAAGAAGUGCUGACCCUUCACAAAAUGACAGGGUGACAGAUGCUGAGGGGUGCCAGGGGAGCCCUGAUGAGAAGAAGAAUAUCUCUGUUUCUGACUCUGAAGACCAGCAGGAGAUCUGGAAGGAGGUCAAAAGAAAGAGUGUUGUGACAACAAUACACCAACCAAAAGUAGAUUAUUUUCAAGUAAAGAAUAAACAGAUAAAAACAGAGAAGGAAGGUUUUCAUGUUUCUGAUUCUGAUGAUGAACCUUGCAGAGAUGGUGCAGCACCCGCACCUCAGCCAAUAGAAACGCAGCCUGCACAGACAUGUACAAGUUAGUUUAUUUUAAUAUUCAUGAAGCUAGAUCAAACUAAGAUUUUGAGAGCAUCUUUUAAGACUGUGAUGAAGAAUUUGUACAUGACAAUGUAAAAGGAAAUUUUGAGAUAACCAUGCAAACAUCUGUGAGUUUUCAAUGUUAUGUUUUGACAGCAUGUGGAAAAAUUGGAGCUGUUUUUGUAAAUCUUUCUGUGCCUGAUCCGGGACCUCAGCAGGAGAGGAGAGGUCCUCAGCAUCACUGAAAUUCACAGAGACUGAAAAAGCUUCUGCUCAGCAGACAUGACCAGCUCCAGUAGAUCAGACACUUGGACUUAUAGCAAAUUAGCAACAUUUGUAUUUACUAUUAUUUGUUGGUCCCAAUUAACUUUAAAAGUAUAUUAAAUGAGAAUGAUUAGAUUUAAAUUAA